AUGUACAUCAUGAACUCAGAGGGCGUGUUCCAGCGUGGUAGUGUUUGUAAUUUCUUGCUAACUGUACCGAGGUCUUUGGGCGAUUUGGAAACUCUCCGUAUUUGGCAUAAUAAUAACGGGAAAGCACAACAUGCAUCAUGGUAUCUGAAUAAAAUUGUUGUCCACGAUGUGCAUACACAAGACAACUUCGUAUUUCUUUGCGAUCGAUGGUUGGCGGUAGAAGAGGAUGACGGGAGGAUUAGACGUCAUCUCCGUGUGACAAACGAACGGGAAAUGAAGAACUUUAACCACCUGUUCGCAUCAAACGCCAGAGCGGAGUUUACCGAUGGACAUAUAUGGUUUUCAAUCGUUUCCCGCCCAACAAGGAGCCAUUUUACUCGUGUCCAGCGACUGUCUUGUUGUCUCUCGUUGCUCUACACGGCGAUGAUUGCUAAUUGCAUGUGGUACAAGGCGGAAGGAAGUGAUCUGUAUCAAAAUAUUAUUGAUGUCGGUCCCUUUUCCUUUACUUGGCAUUCCAUCUACGUCGGGUUCAUGAGCAGUUUGGUGGUAUUCCCAGUCAAUAUCGUGUUAAUACAGCUAUUCCGUAAAUCUCGCCCAUAUACUACUAGGUUGGCCAGUCCACGCAUCGACGUGACUCACUCAGACCCUAACGACAAUGACCACGAUGUAGUGGAGGACGAGGUGUAUGCCACGCUGAAAAAUAAGAACAGACUAUCGUUCGACUCGCGGGAUCUGGUUUAUGGCACAUCGCGGAAAUCGCUCAGUUUCCAUGGUAGCAACAUCCCCAGAUAUGUCAGCGCAGCGACGGAUACGAGAAUAGACGAGCGAGAGAAAAAAAUGUAUUUCGUUAAUAAUCCAGAUCACUCGAGCGAGGAUUCCGACGAAUCGGCAGAUGACGCGGGAAAUGAGACACCGGGAAAGAGAAAGCCUGCUAAGAAUACCAGCACUCCAUUCAUGUUGCCACAUUGGUGCGUUUACAUCGCCUGGUGUUUGGUACUCCUUUCCUCAACAGCGUCGGCGUUCUUCACGAUACUGUAUAGUAUGGAAUGGGGAAAUGACAAAUCUGUCCAUUGGCUGGUUUCAUUUAUUACGUCAUUCUUUCAAAGUUUGUUCGUUAUUCAACCUAUUAAGGUUGUUCUCCUAGCGCUCGUGUUAGCGAUUGUUUACAAGACGCCUGAUUCGCCACAUGAAGCGAAUUUAAACGUAGAAUUAUUGGAAGACAUUAAGGUUUUGCAGAAAGCUUCGGAUAAAAAAGAAACAGAACAUGUUAACAUCGACCAACACUCUUUUAUGCCUCCUGACCCGAAGAAGCUGGAGGAGGCUCGUCGUGAACGGAUGAAGGAGCGCCGAAUGUGUGCUCUCGCCAAAGAUAUCGUUAUAUAUUGUUUAUUUUUAUUAAUUAUAUACAUUAUAGCGUACAGCAAUCGAGAUUACAGUUCUCACUAUUACCACAAAUCAAUCGACGACACAUUCUUUCAGAAUAAAUACUUUAGAAAUCUUGAAAGUACUGGAUUUGAGGGAUUGGGAACAUGGGUAACUACUGUGUUGUUACCUCAACUCUAUCCAACAGAGAUGUAUAACGGAGACAGCUUAUCUUGGCAACAGAGGAGAUUCAUCAGCGAUUUGUCCAGCUAUCGAAUCGGCUCACCACGACUGAGGCAGCUCAGAGUACGACCAGGUCUAUGCACUGUAAUGGAACAGUUUUCUUCAUUGAAUAUGACAUGCAAUCCCGAAUAUUCUUAUCAAAAUUAUGAUUAUUCUUCAUACAAUGAAUUCUGGACAGUUUUCAAUGACAGUGCGGUCUUCUACGACGAAGUUUGGAACUACCAAUCCAGCGAUGAGUUAGAAUCGUUGCCCUUAUAUGGAGUUCAGCGUCUGUAUUAUGGAGGUGGAUACGUAGCGGAAUUGGGUACAAGCUUAAAAGAGGCUCUUUUUAACUGGAAUUAUUUGUGGCAAUCGAAGUGGUUUGAUCGUCAUACAAGAGCAUUAUUUGUAGAAUUUUCUCUCUUCAAUGCUAACGUUAAUCUGUUCAGCAUGGUAACAUUGUUAAUAGAAUUUCCUGCCACUGGGGCUGCUAUCGUUUUCCCAAAAAAUUCAGUUCUACGAUUAUAUCACCACGUCGGCAGUUUUGGGACCUUCUUCCUUUUCUGUGAAGUCAUAUUCGUGGGAUUUGUUAUUUCUUUCCUCUUACGAGAAUGUUUUAGAAUUAAAGAACAGAAAUGGAAUUAUCUAAAGAAUUUUUGGAACCUAACAGAGAUUGUUCGUAUUUCCCUGUGCGUGACUGUCAUAACGAUGUAUACAUAUCAAACCAUCUUCUGGGACCUGGCAUUGAAUAAACUUUCAGGAGACGGACCACAAUCGUUUGUCAAUCUUCAGCGAGCGGCCGCGUGGGAUGAACUAUUCGUUUACAUACUGUCGGUGAUUCUCUUCAUCUCCUUCAUACGACUUAUCAACUUGCUCAGGUUCAAUAGUCGCAUAUCUCUGCUCUCGUUCACGCUGCAACAUGCUGCCAAGGACUUCGUCUACUAUGGAAUCAAAUUCUUUGUAGUGAUGUGUGCGUACGGACAGGUGUUCUUCAUUGUCAUCGGCGGUAAAGUUGGCUACUACAAAACGUUCACGUCGACCAUCGAAACCCUGCUAUCCAUAUGGCUGGGGGUGUUUGAUUACCAGGCCACUUACAACGCCAGUCGUGUACUGGGUCCAAUCCUCUUCUUCACGUUCAGUCUGUUCAUGUACGCUAUAUUGACGUCCAUGUUCAUUAGCAUCAUUAUAUGGGCUUUCCUGGACGCUAAGGUGCACUGCGAGAAACUGGGAAAUGAGUACGAAAUGAUGGACUUCUUGACAAGGAAUAUUGCCGAAUUAUUAGGGAUACACGGUGAGGAUGGGGAUGAUGAUGAUAAGGAAGGCAAUAUUGCCGAAAAAAUAAAUAAUGCCUGCGAAGACAAUAAAGUUAAACCUAAGACGAAGACAGCAGAGUACACCGAAGUCAACGAAAAACAGAAAGCCGGAACAACAAAUAGUAGUUCUAAACCGAGGAGAAAAAGUAUGCCGCGAUGUUUACUAGAAUCGAAACAUCUGGAUGACUUGGAGGAGAGAGUUAUGAGAAUGGAUGAAUGUUUAAAUGGUUUUAAAUCAAUCUUAACAUGGGAAGAUUAUAUUGAGAAGAAAAUGGUGGACUAUAUGAAUUUCAAAACACACCUAUCAUCUGAUAGGGAGGAAUCCAUCCAAGAAGUGAUAGUUUACGUCGACGAUAACGAAGAGGAAGAAGACACACAAGACGACACAGCGGUUAAUCCCAGGGUAGGGGUCUGCGAGCUAUGUAAAACUAGACUGUCCACAAACGGCAUCGAAUCACACUUGAUGCUACAGUGUGCAUCCAUCCAACCAUUCCGAACAGAAAUGCUUCGCAAUAUGAUUGAGGUGAUUGAAGAUAUUCCAGUCACGCGCUUAAGGGAUAAGGCCUUAUCAUGGUGGCAGUUUUACAGAGAAAACUGCCGACACAUCGACCUGACGUACACUCAUAAUCAGAACAAGGCACUUCGAAUCGGACGAGAUAGUAUGAGGAGUUUUGACCUGCCUCUCCGCAUACAAAGACGACUUUCGCGCGUGGUCGCAGUGUAUCUCGAACGCGCCCUCGAGGAACCGUGGUGCAGGCUCAAAGAAAAAAGUGAACGUUUUAAUCUUUAUGAUUUUGUUGUAUAA